AUGUGGGACUCGACAAUGUUCCUGAGUACACUGACACCAAAGUUUUACGUAGCAUUGACUGGAACAUCAUCGUUGAUAUCCGGGUUGAUAUUGAUAUUUGAAUGGUGGUAUUUUCGUAAGUACGGCACAUCAUUCAUUGAGCAAGUAUCACUGAAUCAUAUAUCACCUUGGAUCGGAGGUAACGACAGCGCAUCUGAUAACAAUAACACAAAUAUAAAUAAUACUAAUAACUCGUCUAAUCAACAGAGUGUACCAGAGUGUAAAGUAUGGCGUAAUCCGAUAAAUUUAUUUCGUGGUGCUGAGUACCAACGUUUUUAUUGGGCAACUAAUAAAGAACCAUUGACAUAUUAUGAUAUGAAUCUUUCAGCACAAGACCAUCAAACAUUUUUUACCUGCGAAGCUGAUACCGGCAAAGCUGAGUACGAGAUUAUGCAGACGGCCUGGCGUGAACGAAAUCCUGUAGUGAGGAUAAAAGCUGCACACAGUGCUCUUGAGCACAAUGCUGAAUGUGCUCCAGCUUAUAUUUUGUUAGCUGAAGAAGAAGCCACGACGAUAUUGGAAGCUGAAAAAAUUUUAAAACAAGCGCUAAAAGUUGCUGAAAAUAAUUACAGAAAAUCACAGAAUACUCAACAUCAAGGUACUACUGCUGAACUACGUCGGGAUACAAAUGUAUUGAUUUAUAUCAAAAGAAGGCUAGCAAUGUGUGCUAGAAAACUCGGUAAAUUAAAAGAAGCCGUAAAAAUGUUUCGUGAUUUAACAAAAGAAGUACCGCCAAUAAUGAAUGUAUUAAAUAUUCAUGAAAAUUUAAUAGAAGCGUUAUUGGAGAUGCAGGCAUACGCUGAUGUACAAGCUGUUUUGGCUAAAUAUGACGACAUAAGUUUGCCUAAAUCAGCGACAAUAUGUUAUACAGCAGCUCUGCUAAAAGCUAGACUAGUUGCGGAUAAAUUUUCUCCGGAUAUAGCCAGCAAGCGGGGAUUAACUACUGCUGAGAUGUCUGCUGUCGAAGCUAUCCAUCGGGCUGUUGAAUUCAAUCCUCAUGUACCAAAAUAUCUAUUGGAAAUGAAGCCUCUUAUUUUGCCACCUGAACACGUAUUAAAACGAGGUGACUCGGAAGCUAUUGCAUACGCUUUUUUUCAUUUAUCACACUGGAAGCAAAUGGAAGGUGCUUUGAACUUGUUGCACUGCACGUGGGAAGGAACCUUCAGGAUGUUACCGUACCCAUUGGAACGUGGUCAUCUUUUUUAUCCGUAUCCAACUUGCACCGAAUGCGCAGAUCGUGAAUUGCUACCCUCAUUUCACGACGUCAGUGUUUAUCCUAAGAAAGAAUUGCCCUUUUUUAUUUUAUUUACUGCUGGACUGUGCUCAUUUACGGCUUUGCUGGCUCUUCUGACUCACCAAUAUCCUGAUACAAUGGGUGUUGUCGCCAAGGCAAUGCUCGCUUGGCUUUCUUUACCUUUUUACUAUAUCCUUGAUAAAUUAGAAGCUAUCUUACCAUCAAAUUUGUUACAACAAUUAUCAAGAAUAUAA